CUAAAAAAGUGUUCAAAGGAGGGAAAUGAAAGGCUGUGGAUUGAAGGGAAAUGAGGUGGAGGUAAGUCCUUUUCUUAUCACAACAUAACAAUAAGAGGAAAUGAAACAAACACACUUCAAAACUUCAAAAUAAUUUCAGCCUAUACACACCUCACAAGUCACACCCAAACAUGGCAAGCAUGGUGGCAUUCCAACAGAAUCAACUAUCUUUCCCUCCUUUAGCUUCUUCUCUUUCUGAUUUCACUGGAACAAGACUUCAAACUCAUAUUCAGUUGAAAAGAAGAACAUGGCAGUCAAAAGGGGCUUUAUGUGUAACAGCAUCAAGCACAAAGAAAAUCCUCAUAAUGGGAGGUACUAGAUUCAUUGGUGUGUUUUUGUCUAGACAACUUGUCAAAGAAGGUCAUCAGGUAACUUUAUUUACAAGAGGAAAAGCACCUAUCACUCAACAAUUGCCGGGUGAAUCAGACACUGAUUUUGCUGAUUUUUCUUCCAAGAUCUUGCAUUUGAAAGGAGACAGGAAGGACUAUGAUUUUGUAAAAUCAAGUCUCUCAGCAGAAGGAUUUGAUGUUGUUUAUGACAUUAAUGGAAGAGAGGCAGAAGAAGUUGAGCCAAUAUUGGAUGCUCUCCCUAAUCUAGAACAGUUCAUUUACUGCUCUUCUGCUGGUGUCUAUCUCAAAUCUGAUUUAUUACCUCACGCCGAGGUUGAUGCAGUUGAUCCUAAGAGCAGGCACAAGGGAAAGCUUGAAACUGAGAGCUUGUUGCAAUCAAAGGAUGUUAAUUGGACUUCUAUAAGGCCAGUUUAUAUCUAUGGACCUUUGAAUUACAACCCUGUUGAAGAAUGGUUCUUCCACAGAUUGAAAGCCGGUCGCCCAAUUCCUAUUCCCGGCUCAGGAAUACAGAUAACACAACUUGGCCAUGUUAAGGAUUUGGCGACAGCAUUUUUGAAGGUUCUUGGAAAUGAUAAGGCCAGCAAGCAGAUAUUCAACAUCUCAGGAGACAAAUAUGUCACAUUUGAUGGAUUAGCAAAAGCAUGUGCUAAGGCUGGUGGGUUCCCCGAGCCAGAGAUCGUUCAUUACAACCCUAAAGACUUCGAUUUUGGGAAAAAGAAGUCAUUUCCAUUCCGCGACCAGCAUUUCUUUGCAUCAGUGGAGAAGGCAAAGAGUGUGCUUGGGUUGGAACCUGAUUUUGGACUUGUAGAAGGUCUUACAGAUUCGUAUAACUUGGACUUCGGUAGAGGAACUUUCCGCAAAGAGGCUGAUUUUUCAACAGAUGAUAUAAUUCUUGGCAAGAGUCUUGUUAAUGUAUGAUUAUUACAAAUUGCUCUUCUUUCAAUUUUAUGCACUUCACAUAUUAAAAAAAAGGCUGUUCUGGUUUGCUACAAUAUAAUCAGAUAAAAUUGUGCAGUGUUCAUGAGUUACUCAUUCAGUGAUUUGUUUUAUAAAAAUGGUAAAAGAAUGUAUGUGAGGACCUUUUCUACAAAUCUUUGAUAGGAUUUGUUAGUGCAAGAAGGAUUUGGUAAGGAUGAGUUUGAGCA